AUGCCAAAGCAGAAUGUGGCCAGUACGGCAGGCCUGGCAAGCAGCAGUGUCCGCUCGGAGUCUGUUGCUCCGAGUUUGGGCUGCGGCGACGUCAAGCGACCAUCUUGCAGCAAAGAUGGUGGUAGCGUCGAGGGCAUAAACAUUGGCUACUACGAGUCGUGGGCCAACACCAGGGCAUGCAGCAAGGUGUCUCCCGAAGACCUCAAUCUUGAUGGUUUUACGCAUCUCAACUUUGCCUUUGUCUUCUUCCAUCCCACCACUUUCGACAUUGUCCCAAUGGACAAGAACGCGGGCAAGCUGCUGAGUCGCUUCACCAAGUUGAAAGAGAAGAAGCCUGGACUUCAAACUUGGGUCAGCGUGGGUGGAUGGUCCUUCAACGAUCCCGGCCCAUACCAACAGGCUUUCAGCAACAUGGCCAGUACAGCAGCAAACCGCAAGACCUUCAUCAACAAGCUCAUCAAGUUUAUGGACACAUACGGAUUCGAUGGAGCUGACUUGGACUGGGAGUACCCUACCGCUGAUGAUCGCGGAGGCAAGGCCGGCGAUUCAGCCAACUUCGUUCUGCUGUCGAAAGACAUCAAGGAUGCCUUUCGUGGAAAGUACGGCUAUACCAUAACGCUGCCGGCAUCCUAUUGGUACCUGCAACACUUCGACGUGUCCAAGCAUCAAGAGUCUGUUGAUUGGCUCAACGUGAUGUCAUAUGACCUUCACGGUGUCUGGGACGCCGCAUCGAAAUACACUGGGCCCAAACUCGCAACUCACACCAACAUCACUGAGAUCAACAUGGCCUUGGACCUCCUCUGGCGCGCGGGGGUCAAACCAAACAAAGUUGUCUUGGGAAAAGGCUAUUACGGCCGCUCGUUUACCCUCACCGAUCCGAGCUGCAACAAGCCAGACGGCUCAUGCACGUUCUCUGGAGGUGCCAAAGAGGGUCGGUGUUCGAAGGCUUCCGGCAUUCUUACUCUACAAGAGAUCCAAGAGCUCAUCAAGGAGAAGAACCUCAAGCCGGUCCAUGAUCUGAAAGCCGGAGUCAAAUGGAUACAAUGGGACAAUGAUCAAUGGGUUUCGUACGACGACCAAGAUACUUUUAGGCAGAAGGCAGAAUUCGCGAACUCGCGGUGCUUGCAUGGACUCAUGGUUUGGGCUAUCGAUCAAGUCGACCAGAACGACAAAAGCCUGAAUUACCCCGACGAAUGGACCGAAGACGACAUUGCAGCAGCCGAGAUUUUCAUCCAAGACGAAGCCGCCCAGGGCGUUUGCUACACGACGCCAUGCGGCGAGAAAUGCGCGUCAGGAGAAUACGAGGCUUCGCAAACGAACGGCCAACCCGGGACGCUUUCAACAAUGGACCGUUGUGGCAAAGGACAGUUCCGUCGGCUGUGCUGCGCCAAAGGCACUAAUAUGGGCAAGUGCCGAUGGCGCGGCUACCGUGGUCUUGGCCUGAGCUGCACCGGUGGCUGUGCCAAAGAUGAAACGGAGAUCACGCAGAACACCAAUCACCACUCGAGCACCGAGGAUCAGACAUGCUCUGGAGGAACACAGAGUUACUGUUGUGCUGGCUUCAAGCCCCCUAUUACUAAAGAGCAGGUCGAAGAUGAGGUCAAGGACAAGGCCAAAGAGGCCGCUUUGGAAGCAGCCGAAGCGUUAGCCUUGGAGGUCGCUGCCACGGCCUUUUGCAGAAUUGCCAUCACGGCCGCCUUGACACCGCUUACCUUUAUCCCUUUUAUUGGAUGGAUCAUACGACUCGCCGUCCAAGCCGCCGUUCCAGCUCUUGCUAAAGUUUGCGCCAAGGGCAUUGCGAAAGCAGGCAAAUCCGUCUUCAAGUUCCGCGGAAAGGAUUACGAUGUGAAGCUCGACAAACCGUUGACUUCCAAAAAGGACCGCGAUCCACCCGCCACCUUCACGAAACCUGCGGCAAGGUGCUCCAAGGUCGACCCCAAGCUCGCUCCCAAGCUCGCGGAACGUGCCCGCCCGAUGAGACCCCGAAUCAAGAUCGAACCCGUACCAGGAACUCCCGAUAUUGAUGUCAAUGUCAAGACUUGUGUCUACAGCAAAGACAACGGGGAUAUUCAUAUGGGUCAGGCUUGUCUACACUACAGCUCUGUCAUAAGCCGUCGACCUGCUCUCAAAAGGUUGACGUGUGAUGGUAAAGACGGCAUCAACAUUCGCGAGGUACGAAACGCCUAUUCCACCGAUCACAAGACCGAGUGGAUCAACGGUCACAUGCAAGGUGGCGUGGUCUGCGAGCGAGACGAAUUUCCACCCGCCGUGAUUUGGCAAGGUCGUGAUAGGAAUGUGUGGAUUCGUCUCCAGCCCGCUUCUCACAACAACCAGGCCGGGAAGAUGUUCAUGGGCGUCUGCGACGACAAGGUAGAAACUAGGACGGUAAAGCGCCUGCGUCAAAGAGUCGUGUGUAACAACGGCCAAGUCAUCGAGUCUUGGGACCACACGAAGCACCCACAGCUCCAGGUCUUCAGCCUGGAGUUCUCAAACAUGCCGGGAAACAUUGUCGAUGCAGGUAUCACGGCCAACCCGUGCUGGCCCAAGGACCUCGUCGACGACCCAGGCUUCGCUCUCAUGACUAACGAUCCUUGGUACAACCGUGCCGCCAACCGCCCCCGCAAGAGACACACGGCAAACUACGGAAACCCAGACUAUGCUGGUCUGGGCUACCCUCCGGGGCCCGCAGCCGUCAAGCUGAAACGAGACCUCGACUUCGGCCCCGAAGACCUCUACGUCGACGAAGGAAACUCGUCUCGCCUACCCACCGAAGAAGAGCUGCGCACCGAAUUUGGCCUAGUGCGCUGUCAAGGCGAAGACUGCGAGCCCGAGAUGAAGCAGCUUGGUUUCGCUUCUCUGCCCAUUAUCCCAAACUCGUUUGUCUGGCCACCCAAGUCUCACGAGCCGAGUAUGACGCCGGAGGCUACGCCAACGAUUACUGUGGCUGCUACUGCGUCUGCGUCUGCGCCGACGACUACGAGCACGGUUGUUCAGGCUGUUACGCAGGUUCUUUCUGCGGCGCGCGAGUUGAUUACCGAGUCGGUAGAGUAUGCGUUCUAUGAUGAGGAGGACUAG